AUGGAUUUCUUUCGCUUUCAUUCAGCACAACAGUACUCCAGCCAGGUGCCCCUUCGCAAGCUGUUGUUUUGUGUGACACUCUGGCGGGCCCUACUGGUGGAGGAGAACCAGCCGGAGGUGUUGUGUAGUGUGACGGUGCCGUGGGACGGUAAACUUUUUUCCCCUGCGGAGAAACUUGAAAUGAUUCGCGCCGUUGCUGCCGAAACAGCAGCUGGGAUCAACGAGCGGGUUUCUUUGCGGGACGAUGCCGACGGCACGGAGAUGGAAAUAAUGCACGCGCUGCUGCAGGGGCGUGCGAGCCCCAUCCCUGAUGCGGUUAGUGCGGCAAAGCAGUUGAAAGAGCACCUCGAAAAAAGCGCCAGUGCAUUAUUUACGCACACCUCCAGCGAAGAUUACAUAUGCGAGGCAGAGGAGGAAUGUCCGGUUGUUCCGCCGCAGGAUCCAAGUCCACUGGCGUCAGCCGUACUUCGUCGGUGCAGUACCCAACACAAAACGAGCAACAC